CUUAAAGCUUAAGACAUUAAUAAUGAGAAGAAUUUAAAAUUAAUCCAAUUUUCGUCAGAAUGGUUAAGACCCAUAAAUUUUUGUUGGUUCGUGGGAAGAUUUCUCUGCCUAAAGUGUUGUAGAGGAGGUGGGUUUGUUCUGCAACGCAAAGUUCUGAUUGUUUCUGGCCAUUUUGUGUGGUGGGCUGGUGAAUUACUUGUACCGUAUAACGAUGGGGAGGAUGUUGAGGAGUUGCUUACAGUCGCUGCUGAAACUCGUCAAUUCGAUUCUUGGGAUGGUUGGGAUUGCGAUUAUAAUUUAUACUUUGUGGAUGUUUAGGGUUUGGCAGAGACAGAUAGAUGGGUCUCCUUUCGUUGAUUCUAAUUUUCCUACUCCAUGGUUUAUCUAUGUUUCUCUUGGCCUUGGAAUCGCUGUGUGUGUGAUCACCUUCUCUGGUCAUAUUGCUGCAGAGACUGCAAAUGGUCAUUGUCUUUCUUGUUAUAUGGUGUUUGUCUUCUUGCUUCUAAUGUUGGAGGCUGCAGUGGCUGCUGAUGUUUUUCUGAACAGCCAUUGGGAAGAGGACUUCCCUGAGGAUCCCACUGGGGCAUUUGAUCAGUUCAAAGAUUUCGUUAAAUCUAAUUUUGAUUUCUGCAAAUGGGUAGGCUUGUUCGUCGUGUCUGCACAGGGAUUGUCGGUCUUAUUGUCCAUGGUUCUCAGAGCACUUGGGCCAGAUCCUGGAAGAUAUUAUGAUAGUGAUGAUGAUUAUGCUCCAGUCAGGCUUCCGCUCUUGAGGAACCCUGUUCAGCCACCCCCAUAUGUUGUCGUUGAUCCACAGUUUGCCCCCAAAAAUGAUGCUUGGAAUGGAAGGGUGUACGAUAAGACAAUCAGGUAGAAAAAGAUGUUGAGGUGUAUCAACUGGAAUGAAGAUGUGAUGGAGGUGCAUUUUAUGGGGUUUAUAAUGGUCAAGUUGAGUUGGUAAAUAAGUUGCAAAUGUACAGAGCUACAACUCAGCCGUUGUUUAAAACAUCUCUCAGAGCUUCAAAAAUUAUUGUGUAAACUUUUUCCUGUUAAUGUAUAUGACAAUGAUGCAGCAGAUCUAUGGAUAGCUGAAAAUUAAAUCUUGUUUUAGACUGUA